AUGACGGACUCAGAGAUUCCUACUCACGCAAAGGCUGCUGUAUAUGACAAGCCAGGCUCAGUCUCGACCAAAGUGGUGAUGGUAGAGGUUCCUGAGCCUGGACCUGAUGAAGUCCUCGUUAACCUGUGCUGGCCAGCUCUCCCCUUCCCACCUGAAGCAGGGCAAGUUGGAGGCCAUGAAGGUGUUGGAAAGGUCGUCAAACUCGGUCCUGGGGCUGAAAAAUCUGGCCUCAAGAUCGGUGAUCGUGUUGGCAUUAAAUGGAUUGCUCAUGCCUGUGGCAAAUGCCUGUUCUGCGUUGAUGGUAUCGAUGGAUGCUGCAUCAACAAAAAGAUGUCUGGAUUUUAUAGCCCAGGUACAUUCCAGCAGUACAUUCUUGGAUCAGCACACUAUGUUACCCCUAUUCCAGAUGACCUGCCCUCCGAACAGGCUGCACCCAUGUUAUGUGCCGGCAUAACAGUUUACGCUGCACUCAAACGCUCCAAGGCCCAACCAGGCCAAUGGGUGAUCAUUUCCGGUGCCGGGGGUGGGCUAGGUCAUCUAGCUACGCAACUCGCCAGUCGUGGUCUCGGCCACAGAGUCAUUGGCAUUGAUCAUCACAGCAAAGAGGGUGUCGUGCGAGAGUCGGGCGCAGAGCAUUUCAUCGACAUCACUCAGUUCUCACAAGAUGAAAAGGGGACGGGAGAGAUCGUCGAAAAGGUGAAGUCCCUGACAGGGGGUUUUGGUGCUCAUGCAGCCAUCGUGUGCACCGGAUCCCAUGCCGCAUACGCACAAGCAUUACUCAUGCUGCGUUCAAACGGCACAUUGGUCUGUGUCGGAAUUCCAUCACACAGUAGAGAUCCAAUCGCCUCUUGUUCUCCAGGGCUCCUGGUUGCUCAGUCCCUUAAUGUUGUUGGUUCUAUUGUAGGGAACAGAAAGGAUGCAAUUGAAGUUAUGGAAUUUGCGGCAAGGGGCAUCAUCAAGGCUCAUGUACGUGUUGAGAAAAUGGAAAAGCUUACGGAAGUCUUCGAGCAGCUGGGUCGGGGCGAAUUGCAGGGAAGGGUCGUCCUAGACUUGUCUUGA